CUUUCGUCUCAACUCUCUCUCAAGUUACCGUAGAGAAACUCUUUGGCUCCCUCUCCGAAAUUCCCCAAAUCCGUCUCAGAUUGAAUUGAACCCUAGAUUUCCUUCUCACACUUCUCUCGAUUCAAAUUCUCGAGCGAUGACUACCGCCGGGACUGAAGACGUCGAGAUGAAGGAGCUCCCGGCUCCGGCGGCGGCUUCCUCUAAUUUUGCCGCUGCCUCCUCACCGCCGUCGGUUCUUCAGAAUUUGAACGAGAUUGCUUCGUUGAUCGAGUCUGGGGCUUAUGCUCGCGAGGUUCGGAGGAUUGCUCGGGCCAUCAGGCUGACAAUGGCACUGAGGCGGAAGCUCAAGACUUCGGUGGUAUCGGCUUUCCUUAACUUCGUGCUUACUCCUGGAUCAGAGCCUCACGCCCGUCUGUCCUCUUAUCUUCCCAAGGAGAAUGACCAUGAAAUGGAGAUUGAUACGGCAACGUCUGUGGUGCAAGCUCCUAUGAAGCACUCCCUUCCCGAGCUGGAGAUAUAUUCUCACUUACUGGUCUUGAUAUUUCUAAUUGAUCAGAAGAGAUACAGAGAGGCUAAAGCUUGUUCAUCAGCAAGCAUUGCAAGGCUUAAGAAUGUUAAUAGAAGGACUGUUGAUGUUUUAGCAUCUAGUCUUUACUUCUACUACUCUCUCAGUUAUGAGCAAACUGGUGAUCUUGCCGAAAUAAGAGGUAACCUGCUGGCACUUCACCAGAUUGCAACAUUGCGCCAUGAUGAGUUGGGGCAGGAAACACUGCUCAAUCUGUUACUACGCAAUUACCUCCACUACAAUCUGUAUGAUCAGGCAGAAAAGUUGAGGUCCAAGGCUCCACGAUUUGAAGCUCACUCAAAUCAGCAGUUUUGCAGGUACCUCUUUUACGUGGGAAAAAUUAGGACAAUUCAGCUGGAGUACACAGAUGCGAAGGAGUCACUCCAUCAAGCAGCCCGAAAAGCUCCUGUUGCAGCCCUUGGUUUCCGAAUCCAAUGCACCAAAUGGGCUGUUAUUGUCAGAUUGUUGCUAGGAGAAAUCCCUGAAAGGACUGUCUUUAUGCAGAAAGGCAUGGAGAAAGCUCUCAGGCCAUACUUUGAGCUUACAAAUGCCGUCCGAAUAGGCGAUUUGGAGCUCUUCAAAUCUGUUGCUGAAAAGUUCUCAGCGACUUUCAGCAUGGACAGGACCCAGAAUCUGAUUGUCAGGCUGCGGCACAACGUCAUAAGGACCGGGCUCAGGAACAUCAGCAUCUCCUACUCUCGCAUCUCGUUGGCCGACAUCGCCAAGAAGCUGAGGCUGGACUCUGAGAACCCCGUGGCUGACGCGGAGAGCAUAGUCUCCAAGGCAAUCCGGGACGGCGCGAUUGACGCUGCAAUUGACCACAAGAAUGGGUGGAUGGUGUCGAAGGAAACCGGGGACAUCUACUCAACGAACGAGCCUCAGAUGGCCUUCAACUCGAGGAUCGCCUUCUGCCUCAAUAUGCACAACGAGGCCGUCCGUGCACUCCGUUUCCCUCCCAACUCACACAAGGAGAAGGAGAGCGCCGAGAAGAGGAGGGAGAGACAGCAGCAGGAGCAGGAGCUCGCGAAGCACAUUGCCGAGGAAGAUGACGAUGAGUUUUAAAGGGUUCUAACUGCGAAGCUUGGGGGAAACAGGCGAGCUUAGGACGUUUAUUUAUGCUUUUGUCAACUUUGCUGUCAGGUAGACAUAAUUAAUGGGGCUGUUUGUCUAACUUCUUCAGUAAUUGAUGAACUGUGACAGAUGAGGCUUUCCAAAUGUUUUGAGGAGGCAAUGGCGAUGCUUGCAUUUCUCCCAUCUACGUCUCUAGGUCGAAGAUUAGCAGGGUACUUCAAUUGUCUGUCAAUGGCGUCAGUUGAUUCAGCUGGUAAGUCUGUUUUCAAGUCCCAAAGACGGUGACUUGGGUUGGUUGUUUUAGUAAUGUAGCUCUAUUGAUCUAGACAUAAUUCCUAAUCCAGCAAGUGAAGAAGAGAAAAUUUUCUUGGAUUGAUCCAAAAGACUUGAGAUGUGGAACUGGUUGUUCUUUAAAUAAAUUUUUAUGCAGGGU